AUGACCAUUCAUCCUCUAUCCGUCUUCCUCAGUUUCCGCUUCCUGAUCGAGCUUUUCACCACGAUUCCCUUUCUCAUCUCCAAUUUCCUUGAACACGGUCAAUUUCUUUACGAUAAACCGGUGGAUGCACUCAACACCAAACUCGUUUACCUCGUUGGAAUGCUCAUUGUUUUAUUAUACAACGGCGUCUCGGCAUUUCAAUAUUGCGAAGUGACCUUUGCCAAUAUCAACUAUUCGAUACUAGACUCUUUAUAUGUAGUCAUGGUGACAUUGUCCACCGUAGGUUACGGAGUGAUGAUGCUGCUCAUUGUUAUUUCGCUCGCGGUCUUGCCUGGUUUAUUAACUGAUGUGAUGAGCACCUUACGAAAACGACGCGAGGGCGGAGGAUGUGUUUCGAAAGGGGCCAUGCCAUUUAUCUUAAUUGUCGGUGUUUUCCGUCCGGACCAGGUCAAUGACAUACUGGAAGGCUUUCUCAACAGGGAAAACAAAGAAGCUUAUUUGAAUGUGGUGUUCUUGGACAUAAACUCACCCAACGAGGAACUCAAGUUUUAUGAGAGAAAUUCCAUCUGGGGUCAUCGCGUCCAGUUCCUUCAUGGCUCGGCAUUGAAUAUUGAAACAUUGAAACGAGUGCGAGCUCGAUAUGCUAAAGCUAUCUUCACAAUGGCAGAUCAUUAUGCUGCCGAUCCAGCCAAAGAAGAUGAGCGUAAUACCGUUCGACUGUGGUCACUCUACUGCUAUACUGUUGGAUACAAUGUGCCCAUCUACAGCUACAACCUGUCGCCCGAUACUGCCGUCUAUCAGAAAAUGGCCAAACAAAUCAUUUGUGUUCGCGAAUUUAAACAAUAUUUACUGGCCAUGAACUGUUGCUGCCGUGGAUCUUCCACAUUACUGACUAACUUACUGCAUCAAAGACAACCCAUGAAUCGAUACGACGAACCUUGGCAAGCGCAAUAUGGUUAUUACUAUCUUGCGCAGAUCGUCUUCAGAGAGUGCCAAGUGAUUUUAUUUGCGAUCAAAAGACAGCAUAAACGCGAAGGGUCGGAAGAAAUCAUGCUGAACCCUGGCAAUCAUUACAUCAUCAAAGACACGGAUCUUUGCGUAUACAUGGCCGAAAGUCCCAGUGAAAUUAAAGAUAUUAAUCAAUUGGUAAGAGUCGAAUCAGCGUCUCGGCUCCCUAUCCAUAUUUCAUCGUCCACCGUGUCCACGGCAGGUCACAGCGGCCGGUUUCCUUAUCAGUUGUCCUAUUUACCCACGUCUCGUCACGCCUUGAUGACCGGAAGUUCGUCCAUCGUUGGUCAACUGAGUGAUGGUACCCCGGUGGACCGUGAACGCCUGGGAUGCUACCUGCUGGAUCAUCCAGUGACGCUAGAUGAUGUCACGCUGGAAAACGCCGAUGGCAUGGAAGACCACAUCCUCGUCUGCCUUCAUCGACGGUUCACUAAUAUUUUCAAGUUUAUUUAUAAUUUAAGAUCUCCGCAUUUAGCCCCUGAAGAAUUGCAGGAAAUCGUCCUGUUAUGCACCGUGCCACCUACACCAAAAAUGUUUGAACUUUUAGAUCGGUUUCCCAAAGGCGAUUGUCGACGGCCGGAUGAUUUGCUUCGCGCUGGUGUGAAACGGGCUCGACAAGUCGUCGUGAUGAGUGAGAAAGAAUGUUUGGAACAGUACGAAAAGUCGUCUGACAGUCCGGCGAUGUAA